AAGCUACAUAUCGCAACCAAACGUCACCAACACCUUCAAUCCCACAACCAUUACACCCCCUCGGUCCUAUCACCAUCCAUCCCAAUAACAAACCAUACCAAAGACACAAACAAAGACAAACCCGCAAUGGCGCCCUCCCUCCGCGCCCUCCUCCAAAACCUAUCCUCCCUCCUCCCCCACCUCUCCCCCAUCACCAACGACAUCACAAGCACAUCCUCAAGCCUCGCAGCACCACCGACCACAUACGAACCACUCUCCGGCGCGCCACAAUGCCCAAUCGACGGCUCCGCCAGGAACGCGUGCUGCCACGUCUACCCCUCCAGCCGCCUCCUCCUCACCCAAUAUUGGGAUGACACCGUCCAUGCCCCCGGCGCAGAGGAGGAUUGGACGCUUCACGGACUAUGGCCCGAACCAUGCGAUGGAAGCUACAAAGCAUUUUACGGCACGGAGCUUCAAUUCACCAACAUCACCGACAUCCUGAAGCAUUACGGUCAAGAUGAACUCCUGGCGUUGAUGGAGAGAUACUGGGUAGCAGCAUACGGCGCAAACAACAACCUCUGGGCCAACGAGUACAACACCCACGCAAGCUGCAUAAACACCCUCUCCUCAACCUGCUACGACACCGCAUACGACACCGGCAUCCAAGUCGUCGACUACUUCACCCGCGCCUUCUCUCUCUUCCGCCAACUCGACACCUUCACGGCGCUCGAGAGGGCCGGCAUCACGCCCUCAAUCUCCAGACGCUACGCUCUCGCCGAGGUGACCAGGACGCUGGAGAGGCUGAGCGGCGGCCGCGUGGUGCUGCGGUGCUCCGGACAAGGACGCGAUGUACUUCACGAGGCGUGGUACAGCUAUUCUCUAAUGGGGAGCCUGCAGACGGGACAGUUUGUUCCCGCGAGCGACCUGGGAAGCUACGGUGAGGCGAGUAACUGCGCCAAGGAGGUCAGGUACCUGCCCAAGACGUGCAAGGGCAACUGCCCGAAUGCGGAACUAUAGAGCCAUUAUCGAGCUCGGACUGCGCUUUGGUUAUGAUAGGCACGAUGCUCUUGGGAUAUUGUUUGGUUUACACAAUGGGAUAUCUGCAUUUGGGAAUACUGGCCAGGCGUUUGGGCAGGGAAUGGGG